UGUGUGAGGAGAGAGGGGAGGGGGGGGCUAGCUUUGGAAAGAGGGAACGAGAGAGAGGAUGUGCAGGAGAGAGGGGGGCCUCUGGAUUUAAAACUGGAGGAACGAAGAGGAUGAAACGAUAGAAGAAAAUAAUGACUCCUGCAUCGAUGGCUGCUUUUUGCCCGAGGAACUAAAGAAAAUACCUCAAACAGCAGCCUUUUCUGGGAUUAUUGGAAGCCAAAGAACCCCCCCUCCCCAAACAGCCGGCCUGUCCCUGACAUUGCAAUUCAGGAGAGCUUGUUUCUUUGUGAAGGGGUGGGGGGAGAGGGGGGAAGAGGGGGAGAGAGCGUAUUUUGGAAUCUGUCGUUGCGGCUUUGAUGCUGGUAACGUUUUUUUUUUUAAAACAUGGUAUACGUCAAUAGAUACUUCAUUUCUGUUCAUUCUUAUAAAAUAUCUGUUGAUCAGUGAGAUGGAGGGGAUCGGAACAAGCAGAUUGUUUUUAUCGAUUCUGCCUUUUGGGAAUUCCUGGAAGGGGGAGAAUGUCCUCAAAAUGUAACCCUGUGCGCCUGGAAGUUCCCUGUGACGUGAGAAAAGGAGAAUGGAUUAAAUAAAAGAAAUUCCACCCUUUCUGAUUGGAUUAGCCCUGACAGACGGACAGACAGAGGGACCAGGACAGGUUGCCCUCUUUGCUGCAGUGUUUUGUUUUUUUUUUCAAAUUCUUCUCGGAUCCUGUUAUUCCCGGGAUUUUUUUUAAGGACGACGUUUCAGAACAGCCCCCCUGCCCCCCCCACCCCCGAAGCCUACAGGAUCCUACUGAUUCACUCUGUGGCGUCAGCGGGGCUGCAAACCGACCGUUCUCCAUGAGGAGGAGAAGAAGAUGCCGGCUCUGCCAGCACUGCUGCUGCUGUCGAUUCACUUCCUCUUCCUGUUUCUGACCAUGGUCCCGCCCCCUUACAGCCAAGGAGCCGUGCUGUCUUCACUGCGAAUGGCUGCUAUCCUUGAUGAUCAGACAGUGUGUGGUCGAGGGGAGAGGCUGGCCCUAGCUCUGGCUCGUGAGAAUAUAAACAGCGUCACUGAGGUGCCAGAGAAGGCCAGGGUGGAGGUGGAGAUAUUCGAGCUGCAGAGAGACUCCCAGUACGAGACCACUGACACCAUGUGUCAGAUCUUGCCAAAGGGUGUGGUCUCUGUGUUAGGCCCCGCCUCCAGCCCCGCCUCUGGUUCUACUGUCAGUCACAUCUGCGGGGAGAAAGAGGUCCCCCAUGUGAAGAUCGGUCCCGAGGAGACGCCCCGCCUGCCCUACCUGCGCUUUGCCUCGGUCAGCCUGUACCCCAGCAACGAGGACCUGAGCCUGGCCCUGAGAGCCAUCCUGAGCUUCUUCAGCUUCCCCUCCACCAGCCUGAUCUGCGCCAAGGCAGAGUGUCUCCUGCGCUUGGAGGAGCUGGUGCGGCGCUUCCUGAUCUCGCGGGACACGCUGUCGAUCCGCAUGCUGGACGACAGCCAGGACCCCACCCCCCUGCUGAAGGAGAUCCGGGACGACAAGAUCGGCACCAUCAUCAUCGACGCCAACGCCUCCCUGUCGUACCUCAUACUGAGGAAGGCUGCAGAGUUGGGAAUGACCUCAGCCUUCUACAAGUACAUCCUCACGACUAUGGUAAGCCAGUCUCGAUUGUGUCUGGAGACUGCGAUCACAUGCAGUGGUCGAGUCCGGAUAUCACUUUGGGGACGAAGGCAAACCUACUAUAGCACCUACUCGUCCAGGAUUGGAUGGCCCGAUGAGCUCUCCUCAGCUCUCAUGUUUGAUGCAGUGCACGUGGUUGUCAGUGCUGUGCGAGAGUUGAACCGCAGUCAGGAGAUCGGCGUGAAGCCUCUCUCCUGCACCUCCCCUCAGAUCUGGCAGCACGGGACCAGCCUCAUGAACUACCUGAGGAUGGUGGAGUAUGAUGGACUCACUGGUCGUGUUGAGUUCAACAGUAAAGGCCAGAGAACCAACUACACCCUCCGAAUCCUGGAGAAGCAUCGCGGGGGUCACAAAGAGAUUGGUAUCUGGUAUUCUAACAACACGCUGGCGAUGAACGCCACGACACUGGACAUCAACGUGUCAGAAACCCUGACCAACAAAACGCUGAUUGUCACCACCAUAUUGGAGAACCCGUACGUGAUGCGCAAGUCGAACUACCAGGAGCUGCAGGGGAAUGGCCGCUACGAAGGCUUCUGUGUGGACAUGCUGAAGGAGCUCGCCGAUAUCCUCAAGUUCAAGUUCCGGAUCAAGCUGGUCGACGACGGGCUGUACGGGGCUCCAGAACCCAACGGGUCAUGGACCGGCAUGGUGGGGGAGCUGAUCAACCGGAAAGCUGACCUGGCAGUGGCUGGUUUCACCAUCACAGCGGAGCGGGAGAAAGUGAUCGACUUCUCCAAACCCUUCAUGACGCUGGGGAUCAGCAUUCUGUACAGAAUGCACAUGGGUCGGAAGCCUGGGUACUUCUCGUUCCUCGAUCCUUUCUCUCCGGCGGUCUGGCUCUUCAUGCUGCUAGCAUACCUGGCUGUGAGCUGCGUGCUGUUCCUGGCAGCCAGACUCAGCCCCUAUGAGUGGUACAACCCUCACCCCUGUCUGCAAGACCGACGGGACAUUUUGGAAAACCAGUACACACUGGGAAACAGCCUGUGGUUCCCAGUGGGGGGAUUCAUGCAGCAGGGGUCCGAGAUCAUGCCGAGGGCCCUGUCAACACGCUGCGUCAGCGGGGUCUGGUGGGCUUUCACUCUGAUCAUCAUCUCCUCGUACACGGCUAACCUCGCUGCCUUCCUCACCGUGCAGCGCAUGGAGGUUCCCAUCGAGUCUGCUGACGACCUGGCGGACCAAACCAACAUCGAGUACGGGACCAUCCACGGGGGGAGCACCAUGACCUUCUUCCAGAACUCGCGGUACCAGACGUACCAGCGCAUGUGGAACUACAUGCAGUCGAAGCAGCCCAGCGUGUUUGUGAAGAGCACUGAGGAGGGCAUCGCCCGCGUGGUCAACUCCAAGUACGCCUUCCUGCUGGAGAGCACCAUGAACGAGUACCACCGCUGGCUCAACUGCAACCUCACCCAGAUCGGGGGACUGCUGGACACCAAGGGCUACGGCAUCGGCAUGCCCCUGGGCUCCCCGUUCCGUGACGAGAUCACGCUGGCAAUCUUGCAGCUGCAGGAAAACAACCGUCUGGACAUCCUGAAGAGGAAGUGGUGGGAGGGGGGCAAGUGUCCGAAAGAGGAGGACCACCGGGCCAAGGGGCUGGGGAUGGAGAAUAUUGGCGGGAUCUUCGUGGUUUUGAUCUGCGGGCUGAUCAUCGCGGUCUUCGUCGCUGUCAUGGAGUUCGUGUGGUCGACACGGCGCACAGCGGAAUCAGACGAGAUCUCGGUGUGUCAGGAGAUGCUCAGUGAGUUCCAGAACGCUGUCUCCUGUAAGAAGACGUCUCGCUCCCGGAGGAGGCGGCCCAUGCCCCGCCGCGGCCGGCUCUCCCUCUCCCCCCCGAAGCCCCUCCGCCUGGUCCGGGAGAUGCGACUGAGCAACGGCAAGCUCUACUCGGGGGCGGGGCCCCUGACCGGGGGGGGCCACGCCUCCUCCACCACCCUGGGGGCCGCGGCAGGGGGGCCCUCAGAGCUGGGCCCGGGGCCCCAGAGACUCCUGGAAGACCCCUUGAGACGAGUCCUGCCGUCGUUCCCCCUCGUGGAACGGGGACGGGGAGGGGGAGGGCGACGGGCGGAGAGCGGGGCGGAGAGGGAGGGCGGCGGGAGCGGGGCGCUCCUCCACCACCACCUCCGGCAGUGA